GUGUGAUUGUAAGUGGGUGACGCAAGAAUAUUUAAUUCGUGUUUUUUUUCUGAUGAUUUCAAUAAGUAAUUAAUUGUAAUUUAUUAUUGUUGAAUGAUAUGAUUUUUUAACGCGUUUAAAUCAUUUUUAAGGGACUAACCAAGAUGUCAAAGGUCAUAAUGAAUUGUCAUAAAACUCGUUUUCUCCAUCGGAUCAUUAAUUUGCCAUUGUUUUUAAAAUCUGCACCAUCGUUAAGAAUUUUUCAUUCACAAAUUUUAAGGCAACAUCAUUUUGCAAAUUCUCUUCACGGUGUAAAUAAAUCAUUUUCAAGUACAAGUGUUUUGAAAUCAGAAAUGGCGAAUUGUGGUGGAGGUGAUGUUAAUGAUUUUGAUAUGAAUUAUGAACAACUAUUGAAAGCACAAGAUAAUUGUGAUAUUUUGAUUAUUGAUGUUCGUGAACAUGCGGAAAUUAAUAAAACCGGAGCAUUGCCUGGUAGCAUUCACAUUCCAAUGUGCGAUGUUGCUGAUGAAUUGACAAAAUUAACAAGUGAUAAAUUUUGCGAGAAAUAUAAUAGAGAUUUACCCACAAAGGAAACAAAAUUAGUUUUCUCAUGUAUGUCAGGAAAAAGAAGUGGCGUAGUUCAAGAUCGAAUGAAAAAAUUGGGUUAUACAAAUGUUUAUAAUUAUAAAGGGGGUUGGAGUGAAUGGGAGCAAAAACAAAAGUGUUAGAAAAGAAGAAGUUGCGAAUGAAGUAAAUCAAAAAAAAAAAAAAAAAAAUAACUCAUAUUGUCAUUUUGCAUUUGUAAAAGUAUAAUAAAAAAAUUUUACUACCAAAAAAAACUUAGAAACAGGACU